AUGACCCGCCAAACUGAACCUGGAAAGUCAUCCUCCCCAGUGUGUUGGAGGAGAGUCAUCCUCACCAGUGUGUUGGAGGAGAGUCAUCCUCACCAGUGUGUUGGAGGAGAGUCAUCCUCACCAGUGUGUCGGAGGAGAGUCAUCCUCACCAGUGUGUCAGAGGAGAGUCAUCCUCACCAGUGUGUCGGAGGAGAGUCAUCCUCACCAGUGUGUCAGAGGAGAGUCAUCCUCACCAGUGUGUCGGAGGAGAGUCAUCCUCACCAGUGUGUCAGAGGAGAGUCAUCCUCACCAGUGUGUCGGAGGAGAGUCAUCCUCACCAGUGUGUCGGAGGAGAGUCAUCCUCACCAGUGUGUCGGAGGAGAGUCAUCCUCACCAGUGUGUCAGAGGAGAGUCAUCCUCACCAGUGUGUCGGAGGAGAGUCAUCCUCACCAGUGUGUCGGAGGACAGUCAUCCUCACCAGUGUUUCAGAGGAGAGUCAUCCUCACCAGUGUGUCGGAGGACAGUCAUCCUCACCAGUGUGUCAGAGGAGAGUCAUCCUCACCAGUGUGUCAGAGGAGAGUCAUCCUCACCAGUGUGUCGGAGGAGAGUCAUCCUCACCAGUGUGUCGGAGGAGAGUCAUCCUCACCAGUGUGUCGGAGGAGAGUCAUCCUCACCACAGACCCAGCUACAACCGGUGCUAACUCUCCCACAGCUUCAUGCCGUCCUGCCCAACAGAGCUGCAUGCCGUCCUGCCCAACAGAGUCCUGCCCAACAGAGCUGCAUGCCCGUCCUGCCCAACAGAGCUGCAUGCCUGUCCUGCCCAACAGAGCUGCAUGCCGUCCUGCCCAACAGAGGUGCAUGCCCGUCCUGCCCAAGAGAGCUGCAUGCCGUCCUGCCCAACAGAGCUGCAUGACCGUCCUGCCCAACAGAGCUGCAUGCCAGGCCUGCCCAACAGACCUGCAUGCCCGUCCUGCCCAACAGAGCUGCAUGCCGUCCUGCCAACAGAGCUGCAUGCCGUCCUGCCCAACAGAGCUGCAUGCCCGUCCUGCCCAACAGAGCUGCAUGCCGUCCUGA